AUGCCUCAUAUUGUUCCUCGUGAACUCUUCCAUGACAUCGGAACUCUACCCCAACGAAUUAAUCGAAGCUCAUAUUGAAGGUGUUGAAGUUUUCGAUUUUCUCAUUUUGAUUGACGCUUUGCUCCAACAAGACCGUGGAAUUGACACAGACCGUAACUUCAUCACUGAGAAUGUCGAUUUGGUCGCGAAUCUAUUCAAAGCAAUCAAUUUACUAGCAGAAGGAAACGAUCCUGCAAUUUUUGAAUAUGAAGAUGGAGAAGAUGAUAAUUUUGAAGAUGAGUGCACCAGAUGCGAUGAAUUCCCGAACAAUAUUGAUUUCUGGAUCAACGAUACGACCAUUUCUCUUCGUGCUGAGAAGAACAAAGUGGAAAACAAUCUUAUCGUAUUCAUAGAGUUUAACAAAGGCGAAAAAUCUUUACUCGAACUGUUUAUCAACUAUUUCUAA